AUGGAAAGCGGUUUAUAUUGGCGUUUUAAAAAUGAUGAUAUUACAUUUGAUAUAAAAAAAUAUAUUAAAUCAAAUGAUUUAGAUAGUAUUCUAAAUUAUGAAGGAUUAAUUCAAGAAAUAAAAUCAGAGAAUAUAGAAUUGUUAAAUUUUUUAGUAAAAGAAGAAAAUUUAAAAAAAAUUUUAAGUUAUAUUAUUGAAGAAUCGAAUGAAAAAGAUAAUUAUGAUAAAUCAUAUAAAUUUCCUUAUAAAAGUCAUCAAAUAAUAAGUUCAGAAAAUAAAUUAAUUAUUGAAUCAAUCGUAUAUAACGAUAAGCUAAUGAAAUAUUUUUGGAAAUUUAUAUUGAAUAAAGAUCAAUUAAAUGAAGUUUUAGCUGGAUACUUUAGUAGAUGUGCUAUAGUUAUUUAUAAUAAGAAUACACAAGAUGUCGUUAAUUUUUUAAAAAAGAAAAAAGAACUAUAUUUAAAAGCUUUUUUAUAUCAUUUUUAUUCUAGAAAUAUAACUGAAUUAUUUAAAGUUUUAUUGUUUGUUAAAGAUCCAUAUCUGUGUAUAUUUGAUAAUAAGGAUAUCAUUUAUUUAAUUUUAAGUAAUUUAGAUGGAAACUUCUGUGAGCAUGUUUAUAUUCCCUGUGAUAGAGAAGAUAAUAUAACUUGUCUAAUUAGAGAUAUAUUUGUUAGAAAAACUGAAAUUUAUUAUUUUAAUUACUUUUUAGUAGAUUUAGCUUCACAAUUAUCCUUUUCAUAUUUAAUAAAAUGCGUUUUUUCUGAAUGCCCCUAUACAAUUUCAGCUGCUAUUACUAUUAUUUCUGAUUUGUUGCAUUACACUGUUUUAGCUAAAACUUAUAACAAUAUCAAUUUUUAUGAAUGCUUAGAAAUAUAUAAUAAAGAAGAAGAAUUGAAAAAAAAUAAUAUUAAAGAAAUGGAAAAAUAUAAAAAGAAAAAAAAGAGAAAGCCGAAUAAAAUGAUAGAAAACCAAACCUCAAGAAAUAUCACCGAAUGCAUAACAAAAGAAGAAAGUGAAAAUAAUGAGCAUGUAAAAAAAAACAUUCCUAACGAUAUUAUUAAUAAUAUUACAAAUUUAGAAAGAUUUGAAAAAGAAAAAAGAGAAAUAGAAAAAAGCGAAAUAGAAAAAGAAGAUAUAAAUAAAGAAAAGCAAAUAAAUAAUUUAAAUAAAAAAAAAAUGGAAGAAAAUAAUAAUAUGGAUAUUAUAAAUGAAGAAAAAGAAGAAAUACAGAAAAAAGAGGAAGAAGAAGAAGAAGAAAAAGAAAAAGAAAAAGAAAAAGAAAAAGAAGAAGAAAAAGAAUUAGAAUUUAAGAAAAAAAAUUAUGAAUUAAAUAAUUUAUUCACUAAUAAUAAUAAUAAUAUUAAUAACAAUAUUGAAACAAAUUAUUUCUCAUUUAUUAAUAAAGAAAACAAUUUAAAUGAUGAAAAUAACAAAGAAAGUUAUAAAGAGCUUGUUAAGAAAGAAAAUCAAGAAGAUUCUAAUUACAAUGGAAAUAAAAAUAUAGAAGACACAAAAAUGAAAAAAAAUAAUAAUUUUAACGGUGAUAAUGUAUUAAGUAAUUAUGAUAACGAUUGUAACAGUAUUAAUAAUAUAUAUAAUUAUAUAAAUAAUAAUAAUAAUAACAGUGAUAAUCAUAGUAAUAAUGUUAAUAAUGCCAGUAGUAAUUCUAUUGAUAAUAUAAUACAUUUAGAUAAUAAUAAAUUAUCAAAUGAAAAAAAAAAUCCUGAUAAUAAGAAUGGUGUGACAAAUGAAUCUUCUAAUUUCUAUAACAUUCAAAAUAAUCAAAAAAACAAUACGACAGAAAACAAUGAACAAAUUAAAAAUGAAAAUAUUUAUGAUAUAAGCUACUCUUAUAAUAUAAAUGACUCCAAUUAUAAAGAAAACGAAAAUGAAAAUACUAAUAAUGAUACUUCUAAUUCAUAUAGCUCAGAAGCUUCUUCUUCAGAAGAAGAAGAUGAUAGUUUAAAUCAUUUGAAGAAAAUAAAAUUUGAAGAAGUAUUAAAUAAAAUGAAAAAAAUAGCAAGCAAUAAAAUUAAUAAAAAAGAUGGAAUUAUAAAAGAAGAAAAAAAUAAAGAUACAUUUAGUUUGUCAAAUGAUCCUAAUAUCCUUGAUGAAAAUAAUAAACAAGAUACUUUUCAUAUAUUUCAGAAAGAAGAAGGAGAUGCUAAUAUUCCAUUAUCAAAAUGGAUAGAAUACUUAGAGAAUAGUACAUUUAUUGAUAUAUGUUUUUUUAGUUAUAUAAAAGAUAUUAUGAAGUUAUAUAUUAAAAAUAUAAAUAAAAAUAAAAAUAAAAAUAUACUUGGUUUUACUACAUUAGAAAUUAUUCAGUUAAUUAAAACAUUAAUAAAAACAAAAUCAAAAAAUAUAUUAACAGAAAUAAUAGACGAAGGUUUUUUCGAUAUAUCUAUUGAUAUUUUUUUUAAAUAUAAAUGGAAUAAUUUGUUACACAUAUCUGUUUGUGACUUAUUACAAACAAUUAUAUUUAAAGAAAACGAAUAUUCAUACUUAUUAUAUUAUAUUUUAGCGUUAACGACUUUCCUACCGAAAUGUUUACGAUAUUUCGAUGCAGUAAGAAGGUGCAGGAAUAUCAAAAAUAAAAAAAAAAAAAAAAAAUUUGAAAGUUUUAUCGAUUGUGGAUAUAAAGCUCAUCUUUUACAUAUAUGUCAAAUUUUAAGUAAUAAAUCAUUAGAAAUUAAAUGGUUAUCUAAUUUUUUAGUAACUGUAUCUGGAUGGAAUGAUAUCAUAAUAGAUGAACUGAAUCAUUAUUCUUUAUAUUUUAAUGAUGUGAACUAUAGUGAUGAAAAAAAAACAGAAGUUGAUCAUAACGAAAUAAGUAAUAUUUGUAAUGAUAAUAAAAAAGAUUUAGAAAACAAAGAUAAUAAUUUCAGUGGAUAUUCAAAUGUAAUAGAUAUAUUGUUUGACGAAAAUAAAAAUGAUUAUACAAAAUAUGAUAAUAUUUAUCAUAAAAAUAAUUCAGACUACUCACUAAGUUCGAAUUGCAAUUUUAAUAAUAUAGAUUCUGAAAAUUUAAAUAAUCAUAAUGCUGAAGAUAAUUAUAGUAAUAGAUGUGAUAAUAUUAAUGAACAUAAUGAUUAUAAUAUAAAUAAUUACAAAAAUGAUUAUGAUAUAAAUAAUUACAAAAAUGAUUAUGAUGAUAAGUUUGAUAACUAUUCUGAAUUAAACGAUGACCAUAAUAGUAAAAACAUACAUUUUUCUGAUAACAGCAAUAAUUAUAUAUAUGAUAUAAAGAGUAAAAUAGAUAAUAGUUCGGAUACCAUAAAAAAUAGUGAUAAUAAUUCUUUUAGUAAUUAA